AUGUUUGUUUCGAAGACAUGGGCCUGGCUUGCAUUAGCCACUGCCACCCUAGUCUCUGGUGCAUCACAUGCAGAAGACCACUCUAGGAGAGAGGCUACCUCAGGAACAAAACUAGGUACCUUUCUGCACAACCGCAUCAGUCCCAACUAUUCCGAGCUGUAUAUUGCCGAGCCAGACGGCUCCAAUGAGAAGCUCCUCCUGGGUUCCAACACCGUGUACGAUUUCCGAGCCAGCUGGUCUCCUGACGCAAAGCAUGUUUAUUUCACGUCGGAGAGAAGAGGGGACGGCCAGGCGGAUAUCUACCGUGUCGCCAUUAAUGGCACCAGUACCGAGGGGGCAGAAAUAGAGGAAGUCGCUUUGUCACCCGGUGUCGACGACUCUGCUUCGAUCUCCCCUGAUGGCAAGAUGCUGGCAUUUGCAACUUCAAGAUACAAUCAGACUAGCCAGAUAAUGCUCAUGGUCCUGGAGACCGGAUCGCUCAAGAACCUCACGCUCAUUCCCGGUAUCUCCGAGGCCGCCAACUCUUCACUACCCAAUGGAUACUUCAAACCGACAUGGUCCCCUGAUGGAGAGUGGAUCGUCUUCACAUCCGAUCGCAACACCCCAUGGCGGGGCCACAGCGACGGCUCUGGUUGGGAGCAUACCCAGGAGUUGUCCAUUUACGCAGCCCGCCCCAAUGGUACCGACUUUCGUCUCGUCUCGUCUCGGAGCAACUACACCCAGGGAUCGCCUAGAUUCUCCCCGAAUGGAAAGCGCCUGGUCUUCUAUGAGAUGUUGACCGAGGACACAUACAAUGGUCGCCUGCAGCCUGAACUGCUCGAAGGAUCUUACCUCAACACCAGCAUCGUCUCGAUUGAUUUCGCCACGGGUGGUGACCGCAUUGUUCAUGCUACUGGAGAUGGGACCAAGAUCAGUCCUUCGUUCGUCACCGACGAUGUUAUUGGCUACGUCAUGAAAGAGUCGGCGAGCAAUGGUAUCUACUACACCUCCAUCUCGGGUAAAAACUACACGCAAUACCAGACCAUUCCCAUGAAUACCAUGACACCUGCUAUACGCUCCCCUGCCUGGUCGCCAGAUGGCAAAUAUAUCAUCUAUGAAAAACAAGGUCCCACGGGCGGUAGUACGUCGACAUCGAAGACUCAGUAUUCCCCGCUGUGGAGCUUUGACCCGGACUGGGACUACCGCUUCACGGAUGUUUUCCCGAUGGCCAAGCGUGGAGGCUGCCCUAUGAUGGCCAUGUCACAGCAGAUGGAGGGUGUCGCGGAGAGCAAUCUCAUGCGUCUCCAAAUGAACGGCACUGAUCAGGUUACCCUCUUCGAGACCAAGAAGGGCAUGAUCAACCCUUCUAUCGCGGAAGGCUUUAACGCCCGUGCCUAUCAGGGCAACUGGGGACCGAAUGAUACCAACAUCACGUUCGGCUACGGCGCAUACUUUGUGGGUCGCCAAAGUAGCCCAGGGUUCAUCUUCAGUGUUACCCCGGAGGGUACGGGCGUGACCCUCCUCGCCGGCAACAACAUCACCAACUACGGAUUCCCGUCUUACAACCAUGAUGGCACCCAGGUCGUUUUCCGGACAUGGCCUGGUACUGCCUCUAAUGGUACCACCAUUGGCACCACUGGAUUGGCCAUUGUCGAUCUACCCUCUCGGCAGGUGACCCAACUUACAACCGAGUGGGAUAACCUCCCGGCUUUCUCCCCUGAUGGCAAGAAGAUCUUGUUCACACGGCGCACCAAUCUGGAUAACAUUGGCGACAACUAUGACAUUUUCACCAUGAACCCGGAUGGCAGUGAACUUACGAAGCUCACUCCCUCUAUCGCCAGUGAUGCCCAUGCUGUGUGGACCCAAGAUGGACGUAUCCUAUACAGUACCGCGAUGUUCGGCUUCCAGCAGGAGGCACCCUUAUACGAUGAUUCUAUGCAGCCAUACGCUAUCAUCGUGCUCAUGGAAGCCGAUGGUAGCAACAAGACCGUGUUGUCGAACAGUUUGUGGGAAGAUGCCAUGCCUAUGUUUGCGCCCGCUCACGUCAUGGAAUCCCAUUGUUGUUCCUAG